CACAGCAAAACAAAUCAAACAGAAAAAAUGGCUUCCGAAUUGGAUCAGUUUGCCGACUUGGAACUAUCAAAAGAGGAUCGUGAGCAAAUUUUCGAUCCACCUUUAGAUCGACAGCAAAUGGAAGGUGCUGGCACCUCAAGUGUUACGACGUCAAAGAUUAUUAUUAGCGGCAUACCGCUGCAAACUCGAUUCGAAGACAUCGAACCUCUUUUGAAGCCAUAUGGCAUCGUCAAACAAUGUGAGGCUGUCUCUAGUAAGGACCCACAGACCCAAACGGUUCACAUAACAUUCGAGAACCAUGAACAGGCCCAAAGAGCCGCUGGUGGUUUAAACGGUGUCGAAUUUGAAGGCAACAAAUUACACGCCGAACAAUUAGAUAAAAAUCAACGUCGUACUCAGCGCAAUCCACGAAAUCCAUAUCCAGGCAUGCCAGGACCCGGACGUCAAGCGGACUUCCCGCUCCGCAUUUUGGUACAAAGUGAAAUGGUUGGGGCCAUCAUUGGUCGCCAGGGCAGCACCAUUCGCACGAUCACACAACAAAGCCGUGCCCGUGUCGAUGUGCACCGUAAGGAGAACGUCGGUUCCCUGGAGAAGGCCAUAACAAUUUAUGGCAAUCCUGAGAAUUGUACAAAUGCCUGUAAACGUAUUCUGGAAGUCAUGCAACAAGAGGCCAAUGCUACAAACAAGGGGGAGAUAUGCCUGAAGAUCCUUGCCCACAAUAACUUGAUUGGUCGCAUCAUCGGUAAGAACGGCAACACCAUUAAGCGUAUCAUGCAGGAAACAGAUACGAAAAUCACCGUCAGUUCCAUCAACGACAUCAGCAGUUUCAAUUUGGAACGCAUCAUCACCGUCAAGGGAGCCAUUGACAAUAUGUCCCGUGCCGAGAAUCAAAUCAGUUCGAAGUUGCGGCAAAGCUACGAAAACGAUUUGCAGGCAAUGGCACCGCAGAGUGUCAUGUUCCCAGGCCUGCCGCCAAUGGCCAUGAUGUCUACGCCCGGCAAUGGCAUGAUAUUCAAUCCCAGUAUGCCUUAUGCUCCCUGCCCCGGAUUCCCCAUGUCGAAGACUCCCGCCGCUGCCGCCGCCGCUGUUGUGCCACCCGUCUUCCCCAAUGAUAUGCAGGAAACUACGUACCUUUACAUACCGAACAAUGCUGUGGGUGCUAUCAUCGGUACUAAGGGUUCACACAUACGCAGUAUAAUGCGUUUCUCGAAUGCCUCGUUAAAGAUUGCCCCAUUGGACAAUGACAAGCCCGUCGAACAGCAGACAGAACGUAAGGUAACCAUUGUCGGCACGCCGGAGGGCCAAUGGAAGGCCCAGUAUAUGAUUUUCGAGAAAAUGCGUGAAGAGGGUUUCAUGAGCGGAACAGAUGAUGUCCGAUUGACUGUAGAAAUUUUGGUGGCCAGCUCACAGGUUGGCCGUAUUAUUGGAAAAGGUGGUCAAAAUGUACGAGAAUUGCAACGUGUCACCGGCAGUGUCAUCAAAUUGCCCGAACAUGCGCUGGCGCCAACAUCGGGCGGUGAUGAAGAAACGCCCGUGCACAUAAUUGGCCCAUUCUAUAGUGUCCAGUCUGCCCAAAGACGUAUUAGAGCCAUGAUGUUGUCUACAAAUCCUCCUCCUGUAACCAAAAAACAAAAAGCUGCCAAAGAACAACAACAGCAAGCUGCUCAAAGUUCAUCAGGCAGUGGGUCGCAACAACAACAGCAGCAACAACAACAAUCAUCAUCACAACAACAACAGCAGCAGCAGCAACAGGGUGCGAGUACAAAUCAGUAAGAUGUCGUAGUACUGUGGGUGUAAAAGCAUUUAUUAAAACUUAUAUAUU